UUUACAGCGUGGAUACUCUUCUUUCUAGUAAAAGAGGGCUUCGCUCUGGCACAGAGAGCUAAAGAUUCCCCGAGCGAACAUGGCGGCCAGAGCCCCAACCAGAACGACUGUGGAACGUGGGUCCGUAACAUCAAUGGCGGGGUGUUCACGUCGCCAAACUACCCCAACACCUACCCACCCAACAAGGAGUGUGUUUACAUCCUGGAAGCUCUCCCUAGACAGAGGAUUCAGCUGGCUUUUGAUAAGAAUUACUACAUCGAGCCCUCAUUUGAGUGCCGCUUCGAUCACAUCGAAAUCCGUGAUGGGCCGUUCGGGUUCUCACCACUCAUUGAUCGCUUCUGUGGGGCAAAGAUUCCAGGGCUGGUCACGUCAACGGGACGUUUCAUGUGGAUCAAGUUCACCAGCGAUGAGGAGCUGGAGGGCCUUGGCUUCCGCAUCAAGUACACCUUCAUUGCAGACCCUGAUUUCCAUCUGCACGUGGGCGGACUGCUAAACCCCAUCCCAGACUGUCAGUUUGAAAUCGGUGGAUGGGAUGGGGUUAUUCGCUCCAGUCAGGUGGAGGAGGAAGAGCGAGUGAAGCCUGGUGAUGCCCUGGACUGUAUCUGGACCAUUAGGGCUCCUCCUCAGUCCAAGAUCUACCUGCGCUUCAUGGAGUACCAGAUGGAACACUCUAAUGAGUGCAAGAAGAACUUUGUGGCCGUGUACGAUGGCAGCAGCGCCAUCGAGAACCUCAAGGCCAAGUUCUGUAGCACCGUGGCCAACGAUGUGAUGUUGGAUAACGGGGUGGGAGUCGUGCGAAUGUGGGCUGAUGAGAAGAGCCGACUCAGCCGCUUCCGCAUGCUCUUCACUUCCUUUGUUGACCCUCCAUGUUCAGCCAAUACAUUCUUCUGCCACAGCAACAUGUGUAUUAACAACUCCCUGGUGUGCAAUGGGGUUCAGAACUGUGUCUACCCAUGGGAUGAAAACCACUGCAAAGAAAAACGCUCUAAGGGGCUGUUCCAUCAGAUCACUAAGACCCAUGGCACUGUCAUUGGUGUCUCAUCAGGCAUAGUUCUGGUUCUUCUUAUCAUCUCCAUCCUGGUCCAAAUGAAGCAACCAAGAAAAAAGGUUGUAGCUCGCCGGCCCGGUGUUUUCAACAAGGCCGGAUUUCAAGAGGUCUUCGAUCCGCCGCACUACGAGCUCUUCUCUCUACGUGACAAAGAGAUAUCCUCAGACCUGGCUGACCUGUCUGAGGAGCUGGACAGCUUCCACAAGCUGCGGCGCUCCUCCACCAUGUCCCGCUGUGUCCACGAGCACCACUGCGGCUCGCAAGCCUCAGUGGCUACUGGUGGCGGUAGUAUGAAGCACAGCCGCACCACCCUGAGCUCAAUGGAGCUGUCCUACCACAAUGACUUCUCCAAGCCACCACCCAUGAAGACAUUCAACUCCACAGCCAGCUACAAGAAGAGCUGCUACGGCUACAAGCAGCACUCACAGACUCACGACUGCGACCAGCAGGUCAUUGAGGACCGCGUCACAGAGGAGAUCCCAUGUGAGAUCUAUGGCCGCGGUGGAGGAGGAGUGGGAGGAGGAGCCACAGGUGGCGGAGCAAUAGGUGGAGCAUCAGGGAUAGCGGGAGGAGGGAUUGGCGGGGCAGUGGGGAUAACAGGAGGAGUGGCGAUGACCGGAGGAAUGGGUAUGCCCGGAGGAGUGGGCAUGGCGGGGCCUAGUGGUAUUGCUGGAGGUAUCGGUGGUGGGAUGGCAGGAGCCUGCGGAACCCUCAGUGUCCGUGGCAACAGCGCUCGUAACAGCACCACCAUAGUUGAUCCACAGCAGCGCUCCAUGUCCAUGGACUUCUAGGUGGAGAGGGGAGGAAGACAAGCAGAAAGAGAAUCCAGGCAGACUGUGCAUUUCACUCAUCGAGAUAAGAGAAGGAAGAAGACAAGACAGGAGAGUACCAAUAAUCUCAAAUUGAUCACUCUUGUUUCUUCUUCUACCAUAUUUCUCCAAGCAGUAUGAAUAGUAUU